AUGUUCGACGUCCUCUUCCGCAUCUGCAACACUUCUCUCAAGAAUCGACCGGAGCUGGUCCUCUUCAUCUUUCCUCGCGCGCUGGGCCUCGGCGGCCUCAGCCUCAGAUUCGCGAAGAGCCUUUUCCUCAUGUUCCAGUUAGGACACAACCGCGUCUUCCAGGCUCGCUUGAACAGCCCGAGCACGAGAAGAUUCGUGUUGCGAGGAGCCCCCGCCCUUGUAUAUUUCAUGUAUGACACUGGUGAAUAUGUCAGUGACAAAAUGGAGCCAUCAAAGAAGACAUUUCCCCAGGUGUUCAGAAUUGCACAGGGUCAAGAAUUGAGUUUCCUGUACAUCGGUAUCGUGUAG